GGUUUUGACAGGUGCAGCUGCAAAGCAGGCAGACGCACAGCCUGGAGGGACUUGGGGGAUCUUGACCUCUAAGGGGUGCCGAGAGAGGGGAGCAAAGCAGAAAAAGAGACCGAAAGCUCGAGUGAAGGGGGGAACCGUGUAAAUUGUAAGGGAGAGAAUAGACACAGAGGAAAAGGGCUUCGCAGAACAAGGCAGCAUGACGACGCAAAUGGACACCCACAUCCAAUACAACCAUUGCUACAUGGUGACCGAAGACUACAUGGCACAGGAGGAAGACUGGGAUCGGGACUUACUGCUUGACCCAGCCUGGGAAAAGCAACAGCGAAAGACAUUCACAGCUUGGUGCAAUUCCCACUUGCGGAAGGCCGGGACACAGAUUGAGAAUAUUGAAGAAGAUUUCCGGAAUGGCCUUAAACUCAUGCUCCUAUUAGAGGUGAUUUCAGGUGAGCGGUUGCCAAAGCCAGACAAGGGCAAGAUGCGUUUCCACAAAAUUGCCAACGUCAACAAGGCCCUGGACUUCAUUUCCAGUAAGGGGGUCAAGUUGGUAUCCAUCGGAGCUGAGGAAAUUGUGGACGGAAACCUGAAGAUGACUCUGGGUAUGAUCUGGACAAUCAUCCUCCGAUUCGCUAUCCAGGACAUCUCAGUGGAAGAAACUUCGGCCAAGGAGGGGCUGCUGCUGUGGUGCCAAAGGAAGACGGCUCCCUACCGGAACGUCAAUGUGCAGAACUUCCACAUUAGCUGGAAGGAUGGCCUGGCACUGUGCGCCCUGAUCCAUCGGCACCGUCCCGACCUCAUUGACUACGCCAAGCUCAGAAAGGAUGAUCCCAUUGGGAACCUCAAUACAGCUUUUGAGGUGGCCGAGAAAUAUCUGGAUAUCCCCAAGAUGCUGGACGCAGAAGAUAUUGUCAACACCCCCAAACCAGAUGAGAAAGCCAUCAUGACAUACGUUUCUUGUUUCUAUCAUGCUUUUGCUGGUGCGGAGCAGGCUGAGACAGCAGCCAAUAGGAUCUGCAAGGUGCUGGCUGUCAAUCAAGAGAAUGAGAAAUUGAUGCAGGAGUAUGAAAAGCUGGCCAGUGAGCUGCUGGAAUGGAUCCGCCGCACCAUCCCAUGGCUGGAGAACCGGGUGGCGGAGAAGAACAUGGCUGCCAUGCAGCGCAAGCUGGAGGACUUCCGGGACUACCGUCGCGUGCACAAACCUCCCCGCGUCCAGGAGAAAUGCCAGCUGGAAAUCAACUUCAACACCUUGCAGACCAAGCUGCGCCUCAGCAACCGUCCAGCCUUCAUGCCCUCCGAGGGGAAGAUGGUCUCUGACAUUGCCAAUGCCUGGAAAGGUCUGGAACAAGUUGAGAAAGGAUACGAAGAAUGGCUGCUGACGGAGAUCAGGCGCCUGGAGCGUCUGGACCACCUGGCUGAGAAGUUCAAGCAGAAGGCCAGUCUGCACGAGAACUGGACCAGAGGGAAGGAAGACAUGCUGUCCCAGAAGGACUACGAAUCAGCCACACUCUAUGAGAUCCGGGCACUGAUGCGCAAGCACGAGGCUUUCGAGAGCGACCUGGCUGCCCACCAGGACCGCGUGGAGCAGAUUGCGGCCAUUGCUCAGGAGCUCAAUGAGCUGGACUACCACGAUGCAGCCUCUGUGAACUCUCGCUGCCAGGCCAUCUGUGACCAAUGGGAUACCUUGGGGACGCUCACCCAGAAGAGAAGGGAUGCCCUGGAGCGGGUGGAGAAGCUGCUGGAGACCAUUGAUCAGCUGUACCUGGAGUUUGCCAAGAGGGCCGCCCCGUUCAACAACUGGAUGGAUGGAGCCAUCGAGGACCUCCAGGACAUGUUCAUCGUGCACAGCAUCGAGGAGAUCCAGAGCCUGAUCACAGCCCACGAGCAGUUCAAAGCCACCCUGCCAGAGGCCGACAAGGAGCGCAUGGCCAUCCUGGGCAUUCAGAACGAGAUCCAAAAGAUUGCUCAAACCUACGGCAUCAAGCUGUCGGGCCUGAACCCUUACACCACCCUCUCCCAUCACGACAUUGCCAACAAGUGGGACAAGGUGAAACAGUUGGUUCCACAUCGCGACCAGACCUUGCAGGAAGAACUGGCAAGGCAGCAAGCCAACGAACGCCUGCGACGUCAAUUCGCCGCCCAGGCUAAUAUCAUUGGUCCCUGGAUCCAGACCAAGAUGGAGGAAAUUGGUCAUGUCUCCGUGGACAUAAGUGGACCCCUCGAGGACCAAAUGAACCAACUGAAACAACACGAGCAAAAUAUUAUCAAUUACAAAGUAAAUAUUGACAAGCUGGAGGGCGACCACCAGCUCAUCCAAGAAGCUCUCGUUUUUGAUAACAAGCACACCAACUACACCAUGGAACACAUCCGCGUGGGCUGGGAGCAGCUCUUGACCACAAUUGCCCGCACCAUCAAUGAAGUCGAGAACCAGAUCCUGACCCGUGACGCCAAAGGCAUCAGCCAAGAACAGAUGAACGAGUUCCGGGCCUCCUUCAACCAUUUCGACCGGAAACGAAAUGGCCUGAUGGACCCUGACGACUUCCGGGCCUGCUUGAUCUCCAUGGGAUACGACCUGGUAGGAAACCAGCCUCAGAAACGAAAUGGCCUGAUGGACCCUGACGACUUCCGGGCCUGCUUGAUCUCCAUGGGAUACGACCUGGGAGAAGUGGAGUUUGCCCGUAUCAUGACCCUGGUGGAUCCCAACAACACGGGAGUGGUGACCUUCCAAGCCUUCAUCGACUUCAUGACCCGGGAGACAGCCGAGACCGACACGGCUGAACAGGUCAUUGCCUCCUUCAAGAUCCUGGCUUCAGACAAGAACUACAUCACAGUGGAAGAGCUGCGCCGGGAGCUGCCCCCAGAGCAGGCCGAGUACUGCAUCACCAGGAUGACCAAGUACAGCGGAGCCGAUGCCGUCACGGGCGCCUUGGACUAUGUCUCCUUCUCCAGCGCCUUGUACGGGGAGAGCGACCUGUGAUUCCCUCCCCUCCUGCGCUGUCCCCCCUCACCACAAAAGGCAUGUGGGAGCAGAAUGACCCCCUCCUCCUCCUACCUUCCGGGGAGCCAACACAAUUCAAGUCCUGUGCCCAGGGCGCACACCAUAGAAGCCCCUUCCCCACAUGCCCCCUCCCCUAAAUGUUGGGCAAAAGGUAACGAGAACCCCCCUCUCUCCACCUAUGAGCCACAGCUGGUGGAACCAAAGGGUCUCUGUGUCCUGUCCUGUCCUGCUGCUGUCUCUCUUCUUUGCUCCUGAGCUAGUCAGCCCUCCAACCCCCAGGCUGUGCUCUGCCCUGCCUCCCCCCCCAGCCCCAAAAGACCCUUCUGGGUUUCUGAGCCCCCAGGCAAUGUCCGGGGUUGCCACGAGGGGUUCCCAAGGAAGCAGGGCAGGGCCGGCAUGGAACAAAUGCUGUACCAAUAAACACCACACUCUGGAGGCCCA